AUGCAAGAUUUUGUAUACUUUUAUGAAACUGUUGGUCAGGAAGUUAAAACAUCCUUUGAUGAAGCAAAAACUAAACCAAGACUCUCACAUUUUUCAUAUGUAAAUGCUCUUCUUCGACUAGAUGAGUGA